AAGGGCUUUGUUGAAUUUCGCAACCUAAGGCAUAUAUUUCCUAGCUUCGCUCUUCCUUCCAGAUAUAGCUUCUUUGUUGCUAUCAACAUAAUAGAUAACCCUCCAUCUAUCUCAGAAUUCACAUCGUUCGCCAUGGGUGCAGCAGUUCAGAUCUUGAGCCUCCCGAGUCUCACACUCAUCGCAACAAUCGAGUCCUCGGUUGUAAUCAAGUUCUAUGUGGAAUCCUUCUCCAGAUUCUUCAAUUUGAACGCCCAUCUACAAAUCGUAGCUGUGAUCUUUCUCGUGAACUAUGCGUUUGCAGCGUUAUUUUGGGGUUUCAUUUACCCUAGAUUCCUUAGCCCCCUUAGACGUCUAAAGGGCCCAAGAAACUUUAUCAGUCUUGCCCACAGGACUCUAAUCGAGAAGGAUAGGCCAGGCGGGGAUCUGUUUCUUGAACUCGUUAAGCAGUACCCAAACGAAGAAAUUCUCAAUCUCACCGCCUUUGAUUACCAAGUAGUAGUCACAUCACCACGACUUCUGCCUGAUUUACUUGUCCACAGGCCAUAUGAUUUCAUCAAGCCUCCAAAGCUCAGCGGGCUUCUACGACACGUCCUCGGCGACGGACUCAUUAUGGUUGAGGGCGACCAGCAUAAGUUUCUGCGAAAGAAUUCCAUGCCAGCUUUUGGCCGUCGCCACAUCAAGGACUUAUACCCUAUGAUGUGGAACAAGUCUGUUCUCAUGUGCGAAGUGCUUGACGAAGCUCUCGAGACGGGAGAAGGUAAAAAUACGGGCGUUGUCGAUCUCGCUAACUGGACGAGUCGGGUCACUCUCGACAUUAUCGGUGUAGCGGGUAUGGGUCGCGAGUUCAAUAUGCUGAAGAAGGCCGAGGAUCCAAUUCUCGGCAUCUACGAACAGCUUCUUGAGCCCGCGGCGGAGAAACUUCUGUUCGCUAUGACUUCUAUUGUAUUCGGUCUCAACUUCGUGAGGCUGCUUCCGUGGAAGAUGAACAGCUUGUUCAGAACUUUGACAACUACUCUCAGCGACUUUUGUAUGCCCAUGAUACACGAGAAAAAGGAUGCAAUCCUCAAAUCAAAGGAUGACCACUUCGAUAUCUUGUCGCUCCUUAUUAAAUCGGGGAACUUUACUGACCCCCAGCUUAGAGAUCAGCUUUUAACCUUCCUGGCUGCAGGGCACGAGACAACAUCGUCCGCUCUGAGCUGGGCGUGCUACUUGCUCUCCAAGCAUCAAGACAUGCAGGAGAAGCUUCGAGAAGAAAUCCGGCAGGCUCUCCCAGAGCACAUGGAGAUCGACAAGACUACCGAUUUGGCUGGAAUCCUCGAGCCAUUGCCAAUACUCAAUGGCAUCAUGAACGAGACACUCCGCUUAUACCCAACUGUACCCCUGACACUGCGCCAAGCGGCCCGUGACACGAAUCUCGGAACCCAGGCCAUUCCUGAGGGUGUGACAGUCGUUCUCUCAAUGUGGCAAAUGAACCGCUCCCCCGAACUUUGGGGCCCAGAUGCAGGCGAAUUUAGACCCGAGCGAUGGAUCACCGCUGGUAAACCCAACUCAAACGGCGGCGCAGACAGCAACUACGAGUUUACGACUUUUCUCCACGGCCCGCGAAGCUGCAUUGGACAGAAUUUUGCAAAGGCAGAGAUGCGCUGUCUUCUUGCUUCCAUGAUCCGUACCUUCUCGUGGGAUCUUGCUAUGGAUGAGAGCAAAAUCUUACCAAAGGGCGCUAUCACUAUCAAGCCGAACAAUGGCCUGUUGCUCAAGCUUAAGCCGUUAUAUGCAUAAAACUGCCGUAUAUGAUCGGGGCGGUAUUUUUUCGGGGUUUGGAAUAUCG